GGUUUGCGGGCUUGGAGUUACAGUUUCUUUGAGCGUAAACUCGAGAAAGUAUCUUCCAAAAUGAGCGGACGUGGUAAAACCGGAGGAAAGGCCAGAGCCAAGGCAAAGACCCGCUCUUCUCGUGCCGGUCUGCAGUUUCCAGUCGGUCGUGUUCACAGGCUUCUGCGUAAAGGCAACUAUGCAGAGCGUGUCGGUGCCGGCGCCCCCGUCUAUUUGGCGGCUGUGCUCGAGUACCUGACCGCUGAGAUCCUGGAGUUGGCUGGCAACGCCGCCCGUGACAACAAGAAGACCCGUAUCAUCCCCCGUCACCUGCAGCUGGCCGUCCGCAACGACGAGGAGCUCAACAAGCUCCUGGGCGGAGUGACCAUCGCUCAGGGUGGUGUGCUGCCUAACAUCCAGGCUGUGCUGCUGCCCAAGAAGACCGAGAAACCCCUUAAGGCCAAGUAAAUCUCAAAAUCUCUGAAAACAACCACAAAAAGGCUCUUUUAAGAGCCACA